AAUUGGUCAUGAGAUAACGUUGGUUUAGUGGGGGGUAAUUAAAAAUGAAUGGGGGAAAGUCACGUGAGAGGAGGCAAUGCCUCCAUCGCGCUAUGAUUGGAUAUGAUCGGGUAUGAUUGGAUAUGAUUGGUUCGUGCAGUAAACCCCGACUCUUGUUUUCAUUUUGCGUUAGCGAAUCGGCCUGAAUAAAGACAAUGAUGGCGGUAAUGGGAAGACUAAUUAAAAAGUAAGCAACUAAGAUAUCACUGCUUUAUGUCACAUCAAAAUCAAACUUGAAAUGGCCAGAAACUUGAUUAUAGUGGGAGUUUUUAGUGAGCAAUCGCUUGAGGAAAUUAAAGGUAUCUUCGUGUCUGUGACCAGUGUGUACAAGCUUGAUGACUGCAAAAAAAAAAAAGCAAAUCUGAACAUUACUUCACAAAUAAUAUAUAUUGUUUAAAUUGUUACUGCCCUUAGUUAUUGUAAAAAAAAAAAAACACUAUUUGAUGAGAUGUAUACUUGGUUUUAAUAAACAGAACAUUACAUGGUGUAAAAAUAUAAUUUAGAGUUGUAUUUGGUCUCUCUUUGGUCUGUAAUGUUUUAUUUAAACAGGAAAAUUAAGUGUAACCGGGACAUAUUUACAUUAUAUAUUUAAAAAAAAUUGAGGACUUUGGCUCCUCAUUUUAAAAUAUAGGCCUAUGACGUUUGCUUGCUCCAUUUGCCCGCUAUUCUGCCAGUUGCGUCUUAAAUUACAUUAAUGUCAUGCGUUGUGUUUCUCACGUGUUAGUUAGAGGGAAAGGCUCCCGUGCUCCACGAUCUGACCUCUUAUCAUGACGGGACCACGGACUCUAGUGGACACCAGGACAUCAUCCUCCGUUCAUGCAUUUCUCUCUCUCCUCUUAACCGUAAAGACGCUUUAGCAUUUGCUUUUGCCUAGUCUCUGGAAAACAUCUGAAUCAUUUUAACCAACUCCAGCUGUCGCCCUGGUGUGGGUGUGUGAGAAAGUGCAUGGCCGCCUGUGAAUGAGAGGAGACUCGAGCAAGGGUGACGUUUAGAUUUAACAAAAAAAAAAAAAAAAAAAGUUAGGAUAUUUUUGCGUCUGUUUUUUGUCGGUAUGAACGCAGAUACGUGCGUCUCAUACUGCGAUAUGACCUCCAUGGAUUCAUAUUAUUCCCCAUCAUCAGGGCAAGGAAGAGUCCAGCAGGCCAAUCCUUACAGGACGUUCCAGCCGAGCGACGCCAAAUACAGUCCCACUUUUCUGCCUGCUAAAGGUCAACCUUACGGGGACAAGCCGCGGAGUCCAUUCCACCAGGAGUGUCCGUCACUGGAUGAUAGCUCACCCGAGAGCGCGUACAGCAAGUAUCAUCUUUUUAUGCAGAGACCCACAUGCAAAACUCCCUCUGAAGACAGCAAACUGGAGGACGGCGGGCUCCUCUCGUGCUAUGGUAAAGAUGGCACUGGACUGACAGACACAGAGAUGCCUCAAUCUGCUGAUCCUACAGGUAUGGAUGGUAGUUACAUCAACUUGAAAGACCCUGGGGUCAAAGGUCAAGCAGAACGCCCUGUCUCUGAACUUGGCAGUUCUCUAGACAAGAGUGAGGCUGAGAGCAAUAAAGGCAAGAAGAGACGGAACCGCACCACCUUCACCAGCUAUCAGCUGGAGGAACUGGAGAAGGUUUUCCAGAAGACGCACUACCCUGAUGUCUACGCCCGCGAACAACUAGCGCUCAGGACGGAUCUCACAGAGGCAAGGGUGCAGGUGUGGUUUCAGAAUCGCCGGGCCAAAUGGAGAAAGAGAGAACGCUUUGGUCAGAUGCAGCAGGUUCGGACACACUUCUCAACGGCCUAUGAGCUUCCUCUUCUUACACGACCUGAAAAUUACGCACAGAUUCAGAACCCAUCUUGGCUCAGUGGCAGCAGUGCAGCCUCACCAGUGCCUGGCUGUGUGGUACCUUGUGAUACUGUAGCUUCCUGCAUGACCCCUCACCCUCACUCCGCUAGUGGCAUGUCUGAUUUCCUCGGUAUGCCAAGCCCAGGUGGGAACAUGGGACAGACACACAUGGGCAGUCUUUUUGGCAACUCUGGAGUGGGUGGAACCAUUAAUGGUUUUGAUCUCAGCGUUGAACCAGAUCGCAAAUCCUCCAGCAUCGCCAGCCUGCGCAUGAAGGCGAAGGAGCACAGCGCCGCAAUCACAUGGGCCACAUGAUGCCUUCAUCUGGGACACAGAAGACCAGACAACCUCAGCCCUAAGCUGUCAGCACUAAUGAGGUGAAAGUCAAUGCCAUCUGGAGCCAAUAUGAACAUGAGAAAUGGAGGCUCGAAGCUUUAAAACACUUGGAGAUUAAAUUUUGAAGUUUUCUAGAGGAAGUGGAUUGUGCAGUGGGAGCUUGAAUGUGUGGAAUCCGAUGGGCCAGUUUCAAAAUAGAGACUGAUUUAUUAAUAUACUGACUUCCCAUGUAUUAGCAUUGAGAGAAAAAAAAUCAGUAUGCACUAUUUUGUCCUAUCAAUUACCAGACAUAUACAAUACCAUUCAAAAGUUUGGGGUUGGUAGGAUUUUUUACUUUUUUUUUUUUUUUUAUGUUUAUGUUUAUGACCGCCAAAAGUGCAUUUAUUUAAUCAAAAAUACAGUAAUAUUGUGAAAUAUUAUUACGAUUUAAAAUGGUAAUAAUUGUAAUAAUAAUUAGAAAAUAAUUGUUUUCUAUUUUAAUAUAUUUUCAAAUGAAAUUUAUUCCUGUGAUCAAAGCUGAAUUUUCAUCAUCAUUACUCCAGGCUUCAGUGUCGCAUGAUCCUUCAGAAAUCAUUCUAAUUAUCAAUGUUGAAAAUAGUAGUGCUGCUUAUUAUGCUUAUUUUUGUAGAAACCAUUAUGAUAUAUUUUUUUUCAGGAUUCUUUGAUGAAUAGAAAAUUCAAAAGAACAGCAUUUAUUUCAUUUUUAUAACAAAGAAAAAGUAUUUACUGUCACUUUUAAUGGAUACUUGCUGAAUAAACGUAUUAAUUUCUUUUGAAAAUCUUGCUGACCCCAAAAUUUUGAACAAAAUUGUUUUUUUCAAGAGAUUAUGGAUUAAAUGCUAUCAGUUGUGAAUCUUAAAGGGAUAGUUCAACCAAAAAAAAAAGAAAGAAAUUUUUUUACACUCUCAUUUUGUUCCAAACCUGUAUUACUUUUUAUUCUGUGAAACACACACACACACACACACGAAAGUCACUAGCUGCAUUUCCAUUACCCUUCAAAUUGCACAAAUUGAAGUUGCAAAUUGAAAAUAUGCCCAAUGGAAACACGUCAAUUUCGCAAAAAAACUUAUAUCACAAAAAAGUUUUUACGUUCACAUGAGGUGGUUUUUCAGGCAAUUCAAAAAAGGAAUAUUUUGCAAAACUGCAAUGGAAACUGUUUUUCCGCAUUUACAGGUUACCUGGCGUUUGUAAAUGUCGAUCAUUCUUUAAAGAUGGACACAAAGACGAGACAGAGUUCUUUAUUAAUCUCAUAAAAGACAAAUUUAUGGGAAUACUGGAUUCUAAAAUGCCACAAUUUAUCAAGACCAUAAAGCAGAUAGUUGGGAGAAACACCCAGAAACACCUCAUACGUGGCUGCUUCCAAGUAUAAGGGGCUUUCCUUGCCAUUAAUGCUUGGAUAACAUGCCUACAUCUCCUAUUUAGAAUGACAAGAGAGUAAGUAAAUGAUGACAGAAUUUUUAUUUUUCGGUGAACUGUCCCUUUAAGUCUUCUAAAUAAGGGGUAAAUAUCUAAAUAUGCUUUGUGUAAUCAAAGUCACAGCAGUAAAACUGCUCUACAUGUGAAAAUAUUAUUAGAUAAAUAGCGAAAAUGCACUCAAUCUUCUUGUCUGAAUUAUUUAAAUUAAAUACCUGAGCAGGACAAGCUUUUAGUAAGGCUUAAGAAGACAUCUCUGGCAUCAGUUCAUAUGCACUAGGCUUAAACAAUUCAGUCAAGAUGGAGCAGAAUACAGAGGCAUAAUAAAACAUUAGAAGAACGAGUGCUUCCCACCCAUCCAAUGUGGGACAUUUUGCAGGGAGUAGAAUUCUUACUCAGCCAAAGAGCUCAUCAAAUAGAUCCAGAUAGGGUGAGAGCCAUUCUAUAUUAGCCAGUGAAGUACCAGGUUUGGUCCGCUUCAUUCUUGAUAUGUCAAACAGGCAGAUUCUGUCCAGUUCAAGCUCCAGAAAUACUCCCUUUAAUCACAGCCACAUUCUCGAAACCAGAGGUAAUAGGACAUUGUUUCCAGAUAAAUGGUGGAAUGUUGUGUUUGUUUUGUGUUAACGGGACACAGCUCUAUCGGUUGGAACAUAAGCCUAACUUCAUUAAUUUCCUGGCUCCAUGCAGCAUCAGUUCCUUUGCACCAGCAAAGGGUCUAGUUUCUCCCGCUGCAGGGUGGGUCAUCACCCAAUAACUCUGAUUAUCAUGAAGUGUGAGAAGAGACCUUAGGUUUGGCGCCAUUAGGGUUCGUAGCCAAUAAUGUGCUGCAAACUCAAUUAUUUUUUUGUCAUUUUUGAGAAAGGUAUUCAGGUUGUAACUAAAUUUAUGACUAAACUGAUCAUCUAAGGCCUGUUCACACAAAACACGAUAACUAUAAUGAUAACGAUAAAGAUAUAGUUCUAAAAAUCGUUCUAAAUAUAAAAAUAGCGAUAAGACAAAUAAAGAGAAAGAUAUCGUUGGAAUCACUUUUCCAAUUGGUGAACGAUAAAAACUUUAGCCGCUUUUCCAACAUUGGGUCAAACCGUUCUCUUUGCUUAACCGUUUCCAUUCCGUGCCGAUCCGGUGUGGUGAGAAAUCGAGUCCCCCCAGGAAUCGGGUCUCCUUUAGGACUCCUUUGGGUAGCAUUUUUAGCAUCUGAUUAUAAUUUCUGCAAAAUCACGUUAUGAUUUAAAUAGUUUAAAAUGCGUUAUAAUGACCAUUAAGGUCUUUUAAAUGACAUGGUUCAUAUACUAGUAUAUGCUGUAACUGAAGCUGUAGGUUGUGAAAUCAAGCAUUUCUCGUUCUUACUGUUUUUUUAGUUCUUUAGUUAGCUUAUGUACUAGCAUAGCAUACAUCUACCCGAUUAGCCUGCUAGCUUAGCUUAUGUUAUAUUAGGUAUGAUUUUUGCUUCCAAUAUAGUUGCCAAUUACAUUUCAAAUUUGUUUGUGUGUACUUAGCAUGACAAUUAAUUUAUUACAAAUUUAUUAUAUUAUUAUAUACUGUACCACAUUGCUAUUGUGUAAAAUUAAUAUUAAAUUACUUUUACAGAACAUAGUAUAUUGCAAUAAUUCUUAUCCUUAAAAAAAAAAAAACAUUUUUAGGCAUGGUUGUGUUUCCAGUUUGUUUUAUUAUGCAAUACAUAUGCAUUCAUUUUAUAUUUCAAGCCUGUUGUUUGUGCACAUAAUGUAAUAAACAUCAUACAAUAGUGAAAUAGGUUGUAACAAAGUCCCUUAAAGACAAGUCAUUUCACUCGGCGGCCAUCUUUGAAACGCCUCUUGGGCAUUCAAGUGCAGCUCCUAUCUCUUUGAAUGGGGAAACAUCAAAUUCUCCAAAGCUGUUCGCCAAGCUUUCGAUUAAAUUUGAUAUUUGAAAUCACCAAUGAAAUCUGACAACAACUGUCUCAUGAAUUGUGUUUCUAAACGCUCGAAUCAUGACAAAAAACUGUAUUAUUCAGGCUGGAUCAAGCUAAUGCGCAUGCGCAGUCCUAAAUGGGCGUCUCUUGUGCCUCAUUUCGGAGGCGCGCAUCUGACUGUUUCUAUAGGAACCGGAGCUUCUAACGGCCGCUGCAGUGACGCGAUGACUUUACCAAUUGGCGAUUGGCUCUUAUUUAGAAGGCGGGACUUAUUCCGCCAUAUUGCGCGUUGCACUUUCUCCCAUUCAGAACAAUACGAGUGACGCGUCUUGUGUUAUUCUAUAGUCUCUGGUUAUAAUUAGUCAAGACAACAACUUUUGAUCAGGCAUUACCGCCUGGGUCCUAAAGGAGACCCGAUUCCUGAGGGGGAAUCCCAAGUGAAAAUACAACUGGAACCAUUCUUUACCGUUCUUAGAAUCGUUUGGCCCAGCGGUGGAAAAGUGCCUAUUGACAGCCAAUCAGAAUCCACCUGCUUUAAAGAGCUUGAGAAUUUAAAGCUGCAGGAGACAAAACUGCAGCACGCGCUUAGAAUAAACAACAAUAUCGUCCGCUGGUGUGGACACUAACAGUUAUAGUUAUCGUUCUUGGUGUGAACAGGCGUUUAGUCCCGUUUUGAGACAGUUUUAAACAUAUAAUUAGAGCUGCACGAUUAAUCGUAAAAAGAUCGCGAUUCAAACACCCACGUGAUCAUUUUUUAUUAAUGACAACGAUUCACCCGUAUCUAUUAAACCUUUGACAAAAUCAUACUGGAACAUUUAAAUCAUGUUCGUGCUGCCGCGCUGAGCCAGAGAAAGCAGUUUUGAACCACACAGUAGUUAUUAAUGUGUUACAAAUAUUCAAAUUACCAUAGAAGUACUGAGAUAAAAGUUUAAAGUUAGGAUAUAAACACUGAUGUCUAUGAUAGCGAUCAAAAUAGAGCAAAACGCCUUUUGAAACUAACUUGGCUUUUUCAAAAACGGUGUUUUAUUUACAUCUUACGACACUAGGUGGCGACAAGUGACUGUUAAAAAUGUAUCGUUCAUUCAAAAGAUUCGUUCAACAACACUGAUUCAUCCAGUAAUGAAACAAGUAUUUAUUAACGAGUCAUUGAAUUCAUUCAAACCAUUUCUUUUAUAAUUCAUUCAAAUUAAUUAAACAUUUUUCCAUAUUUUGUUACAACCUCUAGUAAGUUACAUGUUAUUUUGUUUAGCUUUAUAUUCAGAAUUUGUGGGAGAAUUGUGAUUUCUAUUUGAUUCUCAUUUUAUCCAGAAUUGUGCAGCUCUACAUCUCAUAGCACAGUAUAUUAAAUCGAUUAUAAUUAAAGAAAUCUCAUUUUGUAAAUCAGUGGAAAAAAGCACUUUACAGACUUCCUGAUUGAGAUUAGCUAGAGCGUCGUUCAAUUUCGAGUUCAAAACUCACUUGGUCUUUCCACUUCUAAAUGUUGGAGACAGAAUGUAAGAGAGAGGUCAUUGUAUUUUCUAUAUUCGGAGAGGGCAUAACUGUGGGUUUUUUUUUUGGUCCUCUAUUACUUCCUCAGUUUAAAUACUACUGAGACAUGCAGUUAAAAUAUAUUAUCAUCAGUUCUUUGUGUUUGUACAGAAUGCACUUUGAAUAAUACAGUGAUUUACUUACUAUGUGUGUUUGGAUUUAAUGAGUGAUAUAGUUUUCCUGGUUUGGUUGUUAUUCUUGAUAACAUAACUAAUUUUCUUUUGUAAAAUUGUCAUUAAAUUCUGUCCUGAAAAUAC